UAAAAUCAAUCCUCCACUUCCAUCUUUUUGCUCAAAGCCACUUCCAAAUAAGGCAAUAAAUUCGUACCCUCCGCCCCAAGCGCAUGUUAGUACCCUCCACCUCAGGCGCACGCUAGUAUCGUGUACCCCAAACCAUGAGCGGACGACCCCAUGCCAAGCGAUCCAAACCCACUUCACCACCUCCUCUCUCCUCUUCCAAUGCCUUCCAAAACCAAACGCAAACGCAAACCCAAACCCUAACCCUCAUUUCCGGAAUGGCGCGGAAAUCGUCGCUGUUGAAGCAAACCCUAGCCACCAUCCUCAUCAUCCUCAUCGUCUACGCCUUGCUCAACACCUUCCUCAGCCCCGCCAACUCUUUCUCCUCCUUUUCCUCCAAGACCACUCUCCCCUUCAACUACGCGAAUUCCGCUUCCAUCGAUGAAUUGUCUCGACGAGGCGAAUUUUCUCGGGAAAAUAUGCAAAACUUCCCAGGAAAAUCAGCUCCGCGUUUGAAAGUCUACCUCUACGAUCUGCCCAGGAGGUUCACGCACGGCGUCAUCGAGCAUCAUUCCAUGGCCCGUGGUGGUCGACCCGUUGACGACGUGACGCUGCUCAAGUACCCUGGCCACCAGCACAUGGCGGAGUGGUACUUGUUCUCGGAUCUGAUCCGACCCGAAUCGGAGCGUGUCGGAUCGCCCGUCGUCAGAGUUCUGGACCCUGACGAAGCGGACCUGUUCUAUGUGCCGUACUUCUCGUCCUUGAGCCUGAUCGUAAACCCGGCCCGGCCAUCUCAGGACCGGGCCCGGGCUCUGUACAGCGACGAGGAGAAUCAGGAUGCCUUGGUGGAUUGGCUGGAGGAACAGGAGUAUUGGAAGAAGAACAAUGGGCGGGACCACGUGAUCAUAGCCCAGGACCCAAACGCUUUGUACAGAGCGAUCGAUAGGAUUAAGAACAGCAUUUUGUUGGUUUCGGAUUUCGGGCGGUUGAAGAUGGACCAGGCGUCGCUGGUCAAGGACCUGAUCUUGCCGUACUCGCACCGGAUCAGUACUUAUAACGGCGAUCUGGGCGUCGACAAACGGAAGACGACGUUGUUCUUCAUGGGUGCUCGAUAUCGCAAAGAGGGAGGAAAAAUUCGUGAUUUGCUUUUCCAACUACUUGAAAAUGAAGAGGAUGUCAUAGUAAGACAUGGAACACAAUCCAGAGAGAAUCGACGUGCUGCCACACGGGGGAUGCAUACAUCUAAAUUCUGUUUAAACCCUGCUGGUGAUACUCCAUCAGCCUGCCGACUCUUUGAUUCUAUAGUUAGCUUGUGUGUUCCAGUGAUAGUCAGUGACAAAAUUGAAUUGCCUUUUGAAGAUGUUAUAGACUAUAGAAAGAUUGCAAUAUUUGUAGAUACCGCCUCUGCUCUUAAACCUGGAUUCUUAAUUUCAACACUGAGAUCAGUAACCAGUGAGAGUAUUCUGGAAUAUCAGAGAGAGCUGAAAGAGGUGAAACAUUACUUUGAAUAUGGACAGCCAAAUGGAACGGUGAACGAAAUCUGGCGCCAAGUCUCGCAGAAGCUACCCUUAAUCAAAUUGAUGAUUAAUCGGGAAAAGCGGCUUGUCAGGAGGGAACAAACUGAGCCAGACUGCUCUUGCGUUUGUUCGAACCAGAGUGGGACAGACACCACCUUAUGAAGCUACUUUAGUCGAUGAUUUUGGAACAUAUACCUAGAAAACAGGUGAUGCCAGCCUGGAGGAUUCUCUGCUGUUUCCAUGAAAGACUGAGGAAUGCUUGAAGCAAAGUUUGGCUCGAAUCCGAAUAGUUGUGAUAAUACCCAUCUUUCCUUCCCCCACUUUUCCUUUGGGGGUACUAGAGCUUUGUCAAUUGUCGCAGAUGUUGUAGAUUCUUGUUCUUUGUUAUUGAAUAAGAGACUCGGCAUCUAGUAAAUUAUACUAAUACUCAGAUUUAUAAUUCAUUUGUACAUUGUAGAGAAUAAAAAAGAUCUCUAUAAUCAUUUAUUCUUUUAUACCACCUCUACUGUUUUUUAUUGCGUCAA